AUGAUGGUCAUCAUCAUUGCUGGAGAAGGUGAAGUGGGUGAUAAACCGAGGUCAAGAUGGAACCCAGGUUUUGCAUUAGUGGAGGAGGUGCAACAGUCUGGGCAUCACCAGUCGGCGCAAAACAGAUUUGGUGACUCAGUCAUUGUAUGUUCCUACCUCAGAGACAUCAUAGAACCCAUCAUCAUCCCCCAAUUCUGCCAGCACACCCAAAACUUUAGGUUCAUGGACGAUAAUGCUCCAUACAUCGUGCCAGAAUUGUCACAGCUCAACUUCAGGAAGUCAAAGUGCUUCAUAUGGUAUUGCCAGCAAUGUCCCCAUGACCUGAACCCCAUAGAGCAUGACGGAGUCAGUGUGGUCCAGCCAGCCUCCUCCGCACAGGCCCUCUUUGAAGCGGUUGAGGAUAGACUGGUUGGACAGCAGCACUAUAAGGAUCCACAGAGCCACAGUCACGGUGCUAGACAUGCCUUUGCUCAUGACCAGCACCAGGUGGUGCCACUGCCCUUCAGCGAUCAGCUCUCCACAGCGGAAACGGGCACAGCAGGGCAAGAUCUCAUAGAAAGAGGCUUCUUCACUUGA